AUGCAGAAACCUAACCAACACAUCACCUCUUCCAGUCCUUACACCUGCUCAGUUCUAGAUCCCUGCUCAGCCUACAUCAGUCUGAAUGAGCCUUGGCGAAACACAGAGUACCACGUCAACAACUUGGCAGGAGUCCCUCUCUGUGACCGUCAGGUGGUGGGGGAAUGGUAUCGCUUCACAGGGAUGGCUGGGGAUGCUAUGUAUACUUUCUGUAUCGAAGAGAACCACUGUGGUACCCACACUCCCAUUUGGAUGAACGGUAGUCACCCUCAGCCUGGCGAUGGCAUUGUUACUCUGCCUGCAUGUGCCAGCUUCAAUAACAACUGUUGUCAUUGGACGGCUAGUGUGGGUGUGAAGGCCUGUGUAAAGGGUUAUUAUGUCUACCGACCCUCUGUUUGCUUCCACGUCUACUGUGGCUAUUUCUAUGACAUAUGUGAUGAUGUGGAGUGUAAUGGGGCUGACUGCCCUGUCGAGUCUGAAUGUUGCUGUCCAGCAAUGACGGUUCUGGGAGCUGAUGCACAGAUGUGUCUGGAUGUGAAUGAAUGUGUGAAAGAGAACGGUGGCUGCGCUGAAGUGUGCAUCAACACUAUGGGCUCUCGUCAUUGUGAGUGUGGACCUAGUAAAGUGCUGGACGUGGAUGGGAAGAGUUGUAAAGAGAUUGCAGAAUGCCACAAUAUGAAUGGAGGCUGCAGCCACGAAUGCUCCUCAGAGGAGGAAUCAUAUUACUGUCACUGUCCCCAGGAUCUGAUGCUAGGAGAUGACAAACGCACCUGUCAGGGUAGGCUAAAUUCCCUGUGUGAUCCCAGUUCCAUAGACGUAUCAGUUCCCAAAGACCUGGUGGGAGGGCUUGAAAUCUUCCUGUCUAACUCAUCCUGCCGUGGCAUUUCCAAUGGCACCCAUAUUAAUCUGUGCUUCAGUCUGAAGACCUGCGGCACUGUGGUGCAGGAGGUUUUCCUGCAUUGCCGUGUGCUGGUGUGUGCACAGGCCCAAGGGGAGUCUCGCUGUACGCAGGGCUGUCGAAAGCGUUUGAGAAGAGAUCUUUGGACCAACCAGCACCAUGAGCAAGACGAACUGUCUAGUGGACCCAUUCAAAUACUAUCGGACCCAUGA